AUGCCAUCGCAAAAAAUCACCACCCCCAAGGCUAAGCCUCUACCGCCAGGGGUAUACACCCCUGUGAUCACAAUCUACGAUGACACUCCUGGGCAGCAAGUAGACCUCGACGCCAUGUACAAGCACUGCCAGUAUCUCGUCAAUGCCGGUUGUCAUGGCCUCGUAUAUCUUGGAACAAACGGAGAGUUGGCUAUGCUGAAUCAUCAGGAACGGAUUGACAUUGUCAAGAUGGCGCGCAAGGCAGUGACCGACCUGGGCAUUCCAGAUUACCCGAUUCUGGCUGGCAUUUCAGCCCAGAGUGUGGCCGAGACCAUCCAGCUUGCCAAAGAAGCUGGAGAAGCUGGUGCAGCCUGGGGUUUGUUACUUCCUCCGAGCUAUUGGACGAAAGCCAUCAACCCCAAGGUUCUCGAAGGGUAUUAUCGUGAUGUCGCCGAUGCCAGCCCUAUUCCUAUUGUUAUCUACAAUUAUCCUGGCGUGGUAUCAGGUGUUGACCUUGACUCUGAUAUCAUCUGUGCCCUGGCUUCUCACCCAAACAUUGUUGCCGCUAAGCUCACCUGCGGUCAAGUUGGCAAGGCUAUCCGCGUGACAUCUCAAUAUGGUCCCCAGCACAUGGCGGUCUACGCUGGCAGCGCUGAUUACCUCGUUCCUUCACUUGUUGGAGGUGCUAGUGGCUGCGUCGUAGGCAUGGGCAACGUUUUCCCCAAAACAGUGUCGAGACUGUAUGACUAUUACAAGGCCGGUCGCCUGGAUGAGGCCGUGGCGUUACAAGAGAAGAUUUCAGUAGCAGAGGCGGCUUGCAAGAAAAGUCUGAACAGCACUAAAUGGGGUGCUUGGUAUUAUAUCCUGCGCAACCUUGGUGUUGAGAGCGAUGCCGGGUUUGCGAUGAGAAAACCUUACUUUCCUCCAGCAGAGGAGCAAAAGAAGAGUGCGCUGGCAGCAUUUAGUAUAUUGGAGGAAACUGAAAAAUCUAUGCAAGGCAGAGAAGGCAUUUUCAAAGCUUAG